AUGGAAGCUAGUUUUUCCAUACUGAUGUUAAUUACCAGUGUGUUAGCCCUUUCCACAGCUCCUUCAUUGGCUGAUGAUGCAAAGCCAAAAGUCACAGCAAUGUAUGUAUUUGGCGAUUCAUUGAUCGACAAUGGCAACAACAUUUAUUUUGUUGUUGCCGUAGCGAAAGCCAAAUUUUGGCCUUACGGCAUUGAUUUCGAUAAGGGCCCAACCGGGAGAUUCUGCAACGGGAAGACACUUGUCGACUACAUUGGUGAACUUUUGGGACUUCCACUUAUUCCAUCAUAUGCAGAUGCUAAUGCCAAAGGCGAAAACAUCAUGUAUGGAGUAAAUUAUGCGUCGGCUGGAUCUGGAAUCCUUGAAGACACGGGAGAUCAGUUGGGCCGAUUGGUCCCCCUUCGUGAACAGAUAAGUAACUUCGAAAGUACGUUGAAUCAACUCAAAGAUCAAAUGCAAACAGAGGAUCUGAGCGAUUAUUUGGCGAAGGCCAUCGUUUUUCUUGAUAUGGGCUCAAAUGAUUACCUUAACAAUUAUUUAUUCCCUUUUGAACACCAAAGUAGCAAGAGCAAUAGCCCUCAAGAAUUUGCUGAUCUCCUCGUAAAGCAAUACGAAGGGCAUAUAUUGGAAUUGCAAAAGUUAGGAGUUAGAAAGUUCUUCAUAGCAGAGGUUGCCCCUAUUGGUUGCAUACCCUUUUUUUUAGGCCAGGGCAAAGUCCCUCCAGGAGAGUGCGAGCCGAGUUCGAAUAAUUUGGCCCAAAUGUUCAAUUCACGUCUCAAGCCCCUCGUAAAUCGGCUCAACUCAGAAAACCCCGGCUCGGUCUUCUCUCUUGGUGGCAGUUUCAAAAUAUUCAUGACCUUGCGUGACAAUGCCGAUGAUUAUGGAUUUACGGUGAAGGACAAGCCAUGUUGUGAUGUCGGGAUAAAUAAAAGGGCAGCGUUGUGUCGGCCGUACACAGAACCGUGUUUUAAUAGGGAGCAAUAUUUGUUCUGGGAUAAUGCUCAUCCUACUCAAGCUGCUAACCGGUUACUCGCGCAUUGGAUUUUUAACAGCACAACGUACAACUUUCCUUUCAGCAUACAGAAACUAGCAGAAAUGUGA